AUGAAGUUCUUUCUGAUCACCGCCGCCCUUGCCAUCCCGGCCCUUGCCUUACCGGAGCCAAUGCCCGAGGCCGUCUCCCUGGAGGGCAGAGAUAACGUCAAGUUGAACCACAACCACGACAGGAACAUUCUUUUCCACGCUGCGCCUGUCUCCGGCAGGUGCUACGCGCUGGACGACAAGACUGGAGCCUUCUUCUACAAUACUGGAGGCUUUUGGCAGUCCUACUCAUACGAUGGUGGUGCAUGCACUGGCACUGCCCACCAGCUCCAGCGCUACACCGGUCGCUGCGUCGAGAGAGGAUCCCAGAACUCUGUCAAAUUCGCUUAG